GGCCGUGUUAAGUGAGGAGUGUGGAGCCAUUGAGAGGACGCGGUGCAGUAAAGCGGCUGCUGCCUGGAGCUCCGCCUUGGCCCCGGGGGCCCCACCAAGCCAGCAGCAUGUGGCAUCCCCGGGCCUGCCCGGUGUCUUCCUGCCCGCUGCCCGGCCCCCCCAGGAGGCCCUGACGCCCUGGGGUACUUCUGCUGUGCACAGGACCACGUGGGGGUUUGCCAUGGUGACAUAAAGGGGCGAGGAGGAAGGAAGGAGCACAACCAGCCUGCGGACGGUGCCCCUGGCUGGGAGGAAGGGCCGGCGGCCCGGAUCCUCCACUCCCACCGCCCGCUGAGGGCCUCGCUUGCUAACUGUCUGUGAACUUGUUGGCCCGUGGACAACUCCGGUGUCGCCUUCUGCGUGGGGCCUUGGGGUGGCCAGGGCAGGCUGGGCCUCUGGUGGCCAAGGUCUCGGAGACCAGGAUGCCCACCCUGGCGCGCCUCCGCAGGCUGUGUCGGCACGUGUCCCCACAGGCCAUCUUUUUCCUGCUGUUUGUCUUCUGUGUGUUCAGCGUUUGUGUCUCCGCCUACUACCUAUAUGGCUGGAAGCGGGGCCUGGAGCCCUCGGCAGACGCCCCCGAGCCUGACUGUGGGGACCCGCCGCCUGUUGCCCCCAGCCGCCUGCUGCCGCUCAAGCCCGUGCAGGCGGCCACCCCUUCCCGUACGGACCCACUGGUGCUGGUGUUUGUGGAGAGCCUCUACUCACAGCUGGGCCAGGAGGUGGUGGCCAUCCUGGAGUCGAGCCGCUUUAAGUACCGCACAGAGAUUGCACCGGGCAAGGGGGAUAUGCCCACACUCACUGACAAGGGCCGUGGCCGCUUCGCCCUCAUCAUCUACGAGAACAUCCUCAAGUACGUGAACCUGGACGCCUGGAACCGGGAGCUGCUGGACAAGUACUGUGUGGCCUACGGCGUGGGCAUCAUCGGCUUCUUCAAGGCCAACGAGAACAGCCUGCUGAGUGCGCAGCUCAAAGGCUUCCCCCUGUUCCUGCACUCAAACCUGGGCCUGAAGGACUGCAGCAUCAACCCCAGGUCCCCGCUGCUCUACGUGACACGGCCCAGCGAGGUGGAGAAGGGUAUGCUGCCCGGCGAGGACUGGACCGUGUUCCAGUCCAACCACUCCACCUACGAGCCAGUGCUGCUGGCCAAGACGCGCUCCUCCGAGUCCAUGCCGCACCUGGGCGCGGACGCCGGCCUGCACGCCGCGCUGCACACCACCGUGGUCCAGGACCUGGGCCUCCAUGACGGCAUCCAGCGCGUGCUCUUCGGCAACAACCUCAACUUCUGGCUGCACAAGCUCAUCUUUGUGGACGCCGUGGCCUUCCUCACCGGCAAGCGCCUCUCGCUGCCUUUGGACCGCUACAUCCUGGUGGACAUCGACGACAUCUUUGUGGGCAAGGAGGGCACGCGCAUGAAGGUGGAGGACGUGAAGGCCCUGUUUGAUACACAGAAUGAACUGCGCACACACAUCCCAAACUUCACCUUCAACCUGGGCUACUCAGGGAAAUUCUUCCACACAGGUACUGAUGCUGAGGAUGCUGGGGACGACCUGCUGCUGUCCUACGUGAAGGAGUUCUGGUGGUUCCCCCACAUGUGGAGCCACAUGCAGCCCCACCUCUUCCACAACCAGUCUGUGCUGGCUGAGCAGAUGGCCCUGAACAAGAAGUUCGCUGUCGAGCACGGCAUUCCCACAGACAUGGGGUACGCAGUGGCGCCCCACCACUCGGGCGUGUACCCUGUGCACGUGCAGCUGUACGAGGCCUGGAAGCAGGUGUGGAACAUCCGAGUGACCAGCACGGAGGAGUACCCCCACCUGAAGCCGGCCCGCUACCGCCGUGGCUUCGUCCACAACGGCAUCAUGGUCCUCCCGCGGCAGACCUGCGGCCUCUUCACACACACCAUCUUCUACAGCGAGUACCCUGGUGGCUCCAGCGAGCUGGACAAGAUCAUCAACGGGGGCGAGCUCUUCCUCACCGUGCUCCUCAAUCCCAUCAGCAUCUUCAUGACGCACCUGUCCAACUACGGGAAUGACCGCCUGGGCCUGUACACCUUUAAGCACCUGGUGCGCUUCCUGCACUCUUGGACCAACCUCCGGCUGCAGACGCUGCCCCCUGUGCAGCUGGCCCAGAAGUACUUCCAGAUCUUCUCCGAAGAGAAGGACCCGCUCUGGCAGGACCCCUGCGAGGACAAACGCCACAAAGACAUCUGGUCCAAGGAGAAGACAUGUGACCGCUUCCCCAAACUCCUCAUCAUUGGCCCCCAGAAAACAGGCACCACGGCCCUCUACCUGUUCCUGGGCAUGCACCCCGACCUCAGCAGCAACUACCCCAGCUCAGAGACCUUCGAGGAGAUCCAGUUUUUUAACGGCCAAAACUAUCACAAAGGCAUCGACUGGUACAUGGAGUUCUUCCCCAUCCCCUCCAACACCACCUCCGACUUCUACUUUGAGAAAAGCGCCAACUACUUUGAUUCGGAAGUGGCUCCCCGGCGGGCAGCCGCCCUGUUGCCCAAAGCCAAGGUCCUGACCAUCCUCAUCAACCCAGCGGACCGGGCCUAUUCCUGGUACCAGCACCAGCGAGCCCACGAUGACCCUGUGGCCCUGAAGUACACCUUCCACGAGGUGAUCACGGCCGGGCCCGACGCGUCCUUGAAGUUGCGUGCCCUGCAGAACCGCUGCCUGGUCCCCGGCUGGUACGCCACCCACAUUGAGCGCUGGCUCAGCGCCUUUCACGCCAACCAGAUUCUGGUCUUGGAUGGCAAACUGCUGAGAACAGAACCUGCCAAAGUGAUGGACACAGUGCAGAAGUUCCUCGGGGUGACCAACACCAUCGACUACCACAAAGCCUUGGCGUUUGAUCCAAAGAAAGGAUUUUGGUGCCAGCUGCUCGAAGGAGGAAAAACCAAGUGUCUGGGCAAAAGCAAGGGCCGGAAAUACCCAGAGAUGGACUUGGAUUCCCGCGCCUUCCUGAAGGACUAUUACCGGGACCACAACAUCGAGCUGUCCAAGCUGCUGUACAAGAUGGGCCAGACGCUGCCCACCUGGCUGCGGGAGGACCUCCAGAACACCAGGUAGCCGUGGCCACCACAGCCAGACUGACGUUUGUGAUGGCAGGGACGUCCCGCGGCACGCUGAGCCAGACCGACCUGCAGAACGGAGCUGGGCCUGGGCUGGCCAAGCACGUCUGAGCAAUACUCUGCCGAGGCCCAGGCAGGGCCGGGAAGCCGGGCAGGCCCCCCGCGCCUCCAAGCAUCCCGCGCUGGGGCUGUGGCCGCUAGGACCGCCUUCGCCACCAGAGGUCCAUCCCGCUCACAGCCCCCAUGGGGAGGCCACUCCGUGAGACUCUGUUCUGCCCCUCACUGUGUCCUACCAACCAUGCCCUCUCCUCCGUCCUGCCACUCCCUGCCCAGCAGGCUGUCCCUCCGUGUCAGCUGCCACAUUUCCUGUCCUCUGGACAGUAAGGGGGAAGAGCCCAGCUGGGCCUUUUGCCAAACCAGGGAGUGGGACUGGACGCUUCCCUGCCUGUUUCGAGCCAGGCCCUCCCGAGGGGCCAGCUGGGGACCAGAGCCGGGCACCAGGCUGGAUGUGAGGGUGGUACCUCGAGAGAACUCCAAACUCCCACAUUCAUUCUGGGUCAGACCUUCACAUCUCACCCGCCCUUUUGGGGGAAAGAACUGCUGAUUCCUACAGUAUCCACCUAGUCCUCAAGGCCUCCUCCAGGACCCUGGGCACUGCCAUGCCAUUCGGACCCAGAGACCCAGGCCUCAAUCCCACCCCUUUCCACCCUGGGGUAUGACACGCGUGGUGUUUCCUGUGGUAAAAGACUGAGGCGGUUCAGGAGUCUGCAGUAUACGUGUUCCAGUGUACAUACAUUGUCCCCACGCCCGCCAGCCUCGGCCCCUGGCCCACCCAGUGAGCUGGGGACACUGCCACCCACGGCCUUGCCCGGCGACCUGUGGCUGAGGGUUCCGAGAGGCCCCUUAACCUCCCCAAUACUAAGAAGCUAAAGUAUUUUAAUAUUUUGUUUUUCUUCUUGGUGCCAGAGUUUAUACUUUGGGUGCUGGGGUCGCACUGUGUUAUACAUAUACAUAUAUAUAUAUAUAUAUAAUUUGUAUAUAUAUAUUAUAUUUUUUUUGGU